ACCUCCCACCUCUCUUCCUUCUUUCCUUUCUUUAAUGCCACAGCUGCUAUUUAUGAACACAAAUCCAAUCAAGUUCUUCCCCUUUCUCCAAUAUACUCUCCCACUGAUACUUGUUACAUUUCAUCUUUGGAAAGUAAAAUAAAAGAAGGAAGCAGUACAGAAAGAGAUGGAGUUGGAGCUCGGCCUCGCCCUUCCCAACAACCAUUUGAUGAAGGGGUUGGAUCUUAAUGAUGGCAGCACGACCAAUUCAUACAGGAAGAGAGGUUUCGAGGAGGCAUUUGAAGAAGUGAUCCCUAAGGCUACUCUGCCUCUCUUUGUCCAUAAAAAUGGUGGAGAUGGAGAUGAUGAGAAUGACAGCCCCCAGCUUAAGAAUUCCCCCGAGCUUAACAGCAUUAGUGGAAACAGAGCAUUGGUGGGGUGGCCGCCGGUCAAACACCCGAGGAGGAGGAGCGCAGGCGGUGGAGCAGAGGAGAGGUGGAGCGAGCACUGUGGGAGCAACAGCGACGACGGUGGCGGUGGUAGAAGAGCCAAGUGUGUGAAGGUGAAGAUGGAGGGGGUGGCAAUUGGGAGGAAGGUGGACCUCUCUCUGCAUGACUCUUACGAGGAACUCUUCCACACGCUCAACCAGAUGUUCCCCAACAUGCAACAUGAGUUGGGAAUUGGAGGUUUUGCAGGGUUUGCUCAUCAUCCUCAUCAUCAUCGUCGUCGCUUCAUGGUCACGUAUGAGGAUGGAGAGGGAGAUUGGCUGUUGGUUGGAGACAUGCCUUGGGAGGAUUUUAUCAGGUCAGUCAAGCGUCUCAAGAUUCUUAGCUAAGCAAGUAGUCAACCAGAGAUCUUUCUUGGUCUAUAAUAUCUAUAUGGCUGGCCUACAUGAAUGUUUCUUCUUUCCUGCAUUUAUGUAACCUCUAGAACUUAGUAUGUGUUAUGGUUAUGGUAUGUUCCUGUUGUUGUUACACAUAAGUAGCUACUUGUAUAUUUAUAAAAAUAGAAUCUUGUAGGCCCUACUUUGUUAUUGUCAACUUAAACAUUUUGAUAGCUAGGGCAUGUUUGGCAACACUUGGAUUUGGCGAAACAGGAAGAGAGGAAGGAGGAGGUGGAGGAACAAAUUGAGAUGGGAGCAAGAGAUCAUGUGGCUCGACUUUAGGGGGAUUAGAAAAAAGACCUUAAGAGGUCCUUUUUUUUUCUUCCAGCAAUGUUCCGUUUAGUCCCUCUAGCUCGCUCCUCUCUGUCUCCUAUGACCUUUUCUUUGUCAAUGAUGGGUUAUUGCCAAACAUGCCCUUAACUUAUAUCA